UUCAGCUGGGGUACAGAACAACAUAUCGUAACAAAGCUGCAUUGAGCUCCCCGGCUCUCCCUAAACAAGUUGUGUAGUACAAUUACUACAAUCCUCUAAAGUCAAACUUGUACUGCAAAGAGAAAAAUGCAAAUGCAAAUUUAAAUUGUUAUGUUACACCUAUUUUUGUGAAGCGGUCAUAACUAAUCCUUAACUUAGACCACACAAACACCAAUCCUACACCACAGGAACCAAUUAACUUAGCAUCCUCUUUUUUCAAUAGCCACCAUGACUCUCAAGUCAACCUCUUUUUUCCUAUCUCUGAUUCUAUUGCUGCUAGCCUUCCUAGUCAACGGCCACGGAGGCGAUCACGACGACGACGAGAGCACCGGCGACGACCACGGAGACUUGCACAACAAAGGGUUGAUUCUGGUGAAGCUAUGGUGUUUGAUCAUUCUGUUGGUGAGCACCUUCGCGGGUGGCGUGUCGCCAUACUUCCUCCGAUGGAACGAGAGCUUUCUUCUCCUCGGCACGCAAUUUGCGGGCGGGGUCUUUCUAGGAACUUCUUUGAUGCAUUUCUUGAGCGAUUCGAAUGAGACUUUCGGCGACCUCACCCACAAAACAUACCCUUUCGCCUUCAUGCUUGCGUCGUCCGGUUAUCUCCUGACCAUGCUUGGAGACAGCAUAAUUCUCUUGGUGAUCAAGUCUAAUGAUAGAGAAGCAAGAGUGGAAAUCGAAGAAGGAAGAAGUAGUGAUCAUGAUAAAGAGGCAGGCACGGGCGUGACGCCGCUUUUUAUGCAGACGGCGUCUUUAGGGGACACCAUACUUCUCAUCCUCGCGCUCUGCUUUCAUUCUGUUUUUGAGGGCAUUGCCAUUGGAAUUGCAGAUAACAAGGCAGAAGCAUGGAGGAAUCUGUGGACAAUAUCUCUGCACAAAAUAUUUGCAGCCAUAGCAAUGGGCAUUGCGCUGCUGAGGAUGCUACCAAAGAGGCCAUUACUCGUGACUGCAGCCUACUCUUUCGCGUUCGCAAUUUCAAGUCCGGUCGGAGUAGGCAUUGGCAUCGCCAUUGACGCCACAACUCAAGGAGCUGUCGCCGAUUGGAUAUAUGCCAUCUCAAUGGGACUCGCUUGUGGGGUCUUUAUCUAUGUUGCAAUUAACCAUCUUAUUGCCAAAGGUUUUAAGCCCCAAUCCAAAUGCCAUUUCGACACACCCUUCUUCAAGUUUCUUGCCGUUCUUCUUGGGGUUGGAGUUAUUGCCGUUGUUAUGAUAUGGGAUUGAUUGUAUUCUAAUUAAGAAAGUCUUUCGUUUAUUACUUAAGUCUUUGUGUAAUUACAUGUAGUAAGGAUGAGAUGGAUAAUACGUCAUACAUGUUUCCCAAGACUUAAGGACAAUGCUUGAGUAGUAUGAAUCAUUUUUCCU